AUGUCAAAGCAUCGGGAAAAAUUAGUCCUUUAUAGUUCAAGGUCAGACUUUGGUCAACCCUCAUAUAAGGGAGAUGCAGGGAAGACGGAUGAAGAUCUAGAGUUCUUCAUUGAUAAUAAGGGGAAUGAUGAAAAUGAAGAUGAAAAGAUUGAUGAUUCCAUGAAUGAUGUGUUUGUUGCUGCUGCACGUGCUAUGCGAUCUGAUGCAAAUGGAAGUGGGAAGAAACGAAAAGAAAUAAGUGUUGAAAAGAAGAAAGAUGGAGUUAAGUUUCAAAGGCGUAAUCUUGUCCUUGUGGAUCAUUCUGGCUCAAGAUCUGGUGAAAGUAGCAGCUCAUCUGAGAAAGAUGAUUCAGAGAGUGCAAGUGAAGUGGAAGAUCCUGAUUCUGAUGAAGAUGAAGAUGACUUGGAGUAA